UAGGCUUGCCCUUCUGUCUGGUGUAGUUUUCCUUUCUUGUUUUUCGUCCGCCCUUCCCGUCCCCGUCGGAGUGAAUCUCGCUCGGCUUCCCUCCGCUUGUUUGCUUGUUUGCUUCCUUGAGACUUAUGCGCUAGGUUCCCCCCCCCCCUUUCUCCGAAUUCCUUUUUCCUUCUUCCUUCCUCUUUAGGGUUUUAUAUUCAAGUGAUAGGUUAUUCUGAGCAAAAAGAAAUAUAACUAAUGUGGAGAAGGAGGGGGGGUUGGUUUUCAAGUCAGGGCAAGGAAUAAACAGCGUUGUAUCAUACUCUAUUCCUAAUGUGUGAGAUGAAAUGGAAAGAAAGAAAGAAAAUUGACGAGAAAAACAAAAAGAAAGAAAACAAGAACGUAGAGAUCAUGCACCACAUUCCGCCAGAGGACUCCAUGGGUUAAUUACCAUUCACGCUCCAGUAUGGGCUCCGGUUUGGGUAUCAAACCUGGAGUAGUAACGUUUUUGUUCACACCGACUCCAGAUCACCAUAUUGCAGUCCCCCAUAAGAUAGCAAUGAGGGAGGGGCUGGAGGGGG